AUUUUAGAUUGAGAGUUGGUUGACUUGAAAUAGGUGCCGAUAGCUUGCAGCCUGGCCUGACCACAAGUGCAAGUACAAUACUAAUAAGUAGAGUCCAUUUAGUGGUCGUGGCGGUCAUCGGUUUGUGAGUCUGCAUGAAAUGUGCGGCACACUGCCCGGGCUUUCAUUCCUCCAGCUAGCUUGCAGCUAUAGCAGAGCAGAUGUCAGAGAUAACAAGCUAGCAUAGUUAGCUAGCUGAAUAUCAGCGCCGGCUGUGAGGAAAGUGAACAUCAACAUCAAUCUGCACGUCAUCAACCCUCCGGUCACCGUCUUUGUUAGAAAGCUGUUUCCCACAACGAUCUCCAGGAGAAAUGUAUCAGCUUCCAGUGAAUAACCUUACGAGAAUUAGAAGAGCUAGGAAACAGGUGAAAAAAAACCUUGGAGACAUUGGACUUGAGUUCUGCAAGGAGGCAGCAGAGGAGUUCAAAGAGUUUUGUCCUGAUGAGCAAUAUGUAAAGGCUAGUCUUUGCAUUGAUAUCUGUGGUUGGGAUUCAUCUUACUCCAAAACACAGGAAUAUAGAUCAAAGCCAUUUUGCUGCACUGAGUGCCCCUUUUCUUCCAAAUACUACUCAGGCUACAAGAAUCACUUCCGCAAUGUACACAGGAAAAUCUUUGAGAGUAAAAUUCUGCUCAACUGUCCAUACUGCACGUUCACUGCAAGCAAGAGAAUUUUGGAAACUCACGUUAAAAUAUUCCACAUACCUAGUUCGACACGGCAGAAUUAUGGAGCUUCGCAGGGAGCUGCUCUGGGAAAGAAGGACAAAACGUUUCUUGAUAGGGUAAAACAGAGAGAUGGUGUGGAGAAAGCAAUGUACUUUUGCAAAAAAUGCACCUUUCGGGACAGUCUCUACAAUGUUGUGAGAAGACACAUAUACAGGGAACAUUUUCGGCAUAUUGUCUCACCAUAUUUUGCUAUAGUUCCUGAAUCAUCUGUCAAAAAUGGGGCUAAUCCUGUCAAUGGCAACAACAUCCUUUGUAAGCGCUGCCAGUUUUCCACCCGCAGCUAUGAGGCUCUAGUUCAGCAUGUGGUAGAGUACCACGAGCGCAUUGGUGCUCAAGUAACCACUAUGAUCGGACAUGCUAACGUUAUUGUUUCCAGGCCUAAAUCCUUGCCGGUUACUUCUCAGAAAGGUCCUCUGAUCUUAAGGGGCCAAAAACUUAGGACUCACCCAACAGCACAACCAGUUAUUGGAUAUUUAAAACCAGUGUCCCCUGUUAAGAAUCAGUCCUCUGUCACAGCCAGUCAGAUGCGCGCCAUUGUUCCAAGCAACAUUUUAAUGGCUGAAAGUAAUGCUGCUGGGGUAAACACGGCACAGACACAGAAGUGGAAGAUAUGUACUGUUUGCAAUGAGCUUUUUCCGGAAAACCUCUACAACGCCCACUUUGAGAGUGCACACAAGGCAAAGAGAGUUUGGGCACUGGCAAAGUACAUCAUGAAAAUCCACAAUUUCACCAGCAAGUGCUUGCUUUGCAACCGCUAUCUGCCCAGUGAUACACUGCUAAACCACAUGCUAAUCCACGGGCUCACCUGUCCACAGUGCCACUCUGCUUUCCACAAUGUGGAGAAAAUGAUCGAGCAUGUUGCUCAGGCUCAUCCUGAUGACUUUGUCGGACCCCCUGGUGCAUCCCCUUUAACCUUUGAUCUCACCCUUAAACAAGAUAAGUCCAGUAAUGUACAGCUUGUUGUGCUCACUUUUAACAUGAAAGAAUCCAUAAAUGGUAAAGGCCAGUCUGCCGCCGCUCAGAUUAGUGUUCCACCUCAGGUCAAACUCACCGCUCCCAGAAUAAUUGAAAAGAAAACCGAGACAGUUCCACGAAGUUUCACUGCACUACCGUACAAGAGUGAGGUUGGGAAGACUCUCUGUCCUCUGUGCUUCACUAUCCUCAAAGGGCCCAUCUCGGACGCUUUGGCCAUGCAUCUGAGGGAGCGACAUCAGGUGCUUCAAACGAUGCAUCCGGUUGAAAAGAAGAUGACAUACAAGUGCAUACAUUGCCUAGGAGUAUACACUAGUAACAUGGUUGCCUCUACGAUCACACUGCAUCUAGUGCAGUGCAGGGCGGUUGGCAGGAGCCAGGCCGGCGAGGGCUUCAAGUCGGCCUUGACUCUGAACUCAUCAGGGGCUGGCUUCCUCAAGAGGCAGCCACCGACGCAGGCCAUGUCCAACCCCAAGAAGAUGAAGCUGAGCAAGGAGUCAAAGAUGUCCUCCACAGCCGUCGGGAAUGAGUCUGAAUCUGAUGGCCUCGCUCUGGAUCCUAGAGGUUAUGAGCACAAGACGUAUGAGGCCAGGAAGAACUUCCUGACUUCCUAUUUCAACCGGCGACCAUACCUCUCUUCUCAAGAAGAGGAGAAGCUCUCUGCGAGUCUGUGGCUUUGGAAAUCUGACAUUGCAAGUCACUUUGCAACCAAGAGAAAGACGUGCGAGAGACUAUGUGAGACCAGGAAGCUGUCUGUUUUGCUCGGCUUUGACAUGCACGCCGUAAAGAAAGUCCAGCACGACUUGAUCUUUGUGGAGAGCGAGCUUUUUUGCACCUCAACUGGGAGAUCCGGAGGCCUCAAGUCUGGCACUCCAAGCACAGACCAAAACAAGCAGUGUGAGACACUAAACUGUACCUUAAAACUCAGUACCUGCCCAGAGACCAUUUCCAUUGACUCAGACAGUGAACCAGAAGCAGAGGAUGGGCCUGCUGAGAAUGGAAGGAUUGACACAAACCAAGACGAGAAUGUUGAAUCUGAGGAGGCAGUGAACCUGACUGAAGACAUGGAACCUUUGAACACGUCUGAUUCCUCAACAGAGAAGGAGUGCACUUUGCAAGAUGGAAAUGCAGAUGCUUUGGUGACUUUCUGUUAGUGGACCUGCUUACCAGUGUGGCUUGAUUCAGAGAAGGUGUAUAGAUAAAGAUGGGGUGGAAACAAAAACAGCUAGUAAGAAAGAAGAAAAGUUAUUAUUAUAGUGCACAAAUAAGUGCAUUGUAUAUACUUUAGCUUCUCAUCUCUUGAGUUUCUUCAUACAAUAUUCUUCACUUUAAAAUGUCAGAAUUUACAGUCAUUAUGCCUACUCCCCCACUUCCAUUAGUUUUUUUUGUUCCUUAUUUUCAUUUCACAUUUGCAACGUGUAGAAUAUGCUAACCCCAUAUGACAUUGUUUAAUUAAAUAUGUUUAAUAAAAAACAUUUGAUUUUU